CGCAGUUAUAACAUUGCAGUUACAAAUUACAUAGUGUCUUGUGAAUUGUGAUACCGGCUUUUUAAGACUUCCCACUUUAGUUAAUAACAACUCUAAACUGUGAUAUUAUUUUCCUCAUUUGAAGAAAUCAGUUCUGCUAAAAAUAACGGUUAGUGAUCUAAAGAUUUACCAUAUACGAAGUGAAGCAGAAAUGGAUAAGCGAAGAGAAGCUUGGUUAUUACAACAAGAGAGGGAAAGAGAGCAUGAAAUACGUAAACAAAAAAUGAUUUUGGAGUAUGAAUUAAAAAGAGCAGCAAUUCUGGGUUCUAAGGGUAGUUCAGAACAAUUAUCGAAUCAAAAUCAAAACGAAAACAGAAGCAAAUCUCGAGGUUUUGAAAAUUUGAACUGCAACCGGCCAAGACGUGUUUCUAAACCUUCAGUUAUGUCGCGGAAGAUCGAAUCAGCUGGUGGAAAUAUACCAUUAUUUGCGGGCCCCGAAGAACUAAAGUUUAAUAAAACAGAACUUCGCAGCAUAAAAGUGGACAUACAUCGCAAUAUUCCUGAAGGAAUGGCUACAUAUUGCGAACUUCAACGUGAUAUUAUUAAUCUUGAAGAAGUCAAAUUAAAAAGACGAGGGGAUGAAGGUGUAAGGCCAUUAUUUGAUCGAGAGGAGUUAAAAUUACGUGAAAGAACUACCAAUAAUGAAGUAGAGGAGCGGCGCACGGUUAAAACAAUAGAUUCUCCAAGAUUAGGAAAAACGAACCAUUCAUUGAGAAGACUCUCUAGGUCUGUAAGUUCUUUGAGAAGGCAUGGGCACAGUGCUUCAAAGGAUUCUUUAAUUGGUGCUUCCAGCUACUAUACUGCUUUGCUGAAGGAAGAAAUUUUACAUUGGACGAGGCGCAAUGUCGCAAACCGACGCAGUUUUCUCAUUGCAAUGCUUUCACUGAAAAUGAUGAUUUUUGAAUAUCAUUUUAAUUUGCACUUAGAUAGAAGUGAUAUUCGGGAUCAAAGUAAAGGACACGAGAGAAGGCAUAGAUCCAAAGAUUUCACUGAACACAAUUCAAUCCGUCGUUCAGAUAAUAAGAAUUCACUAAAACGUAAACCGUCUCCUGAAAGGUCUUACUAUGCGGAAAGGAAAAGGUCUGAUCGAGCUGAUGAAAAACGUUAUCGAGAAUCUCGAGGUAGAUCAAGAGAACAACGCAAAAGAGAAAGAUCUAUUGAAAGUCGUGGAAAAGAUAGGUCUAGAGAUGGAAGGAUGCCAACUCUACCACAUUACGUAGAGCAAGUCCCUGUUCCUGUGUAUUGCGGGAACUUUUCGCCAAGACCGAUAAUGAUGGGUCUAAUGAUGCCAGUAGGCAGACCUUGGGCUAGAAAUAGUAUUCCAGUUGGACCAAGGAUAUCUUUUCUGCCUCGAUUCAUGCACCCACGCAUGUUCAGACCAGCUGACCUGCUAUCGAAUUCGAGAUUCAGUUAAAUGUUUUCAUGAAACAGAUCAUUAAAGGAUUGGCUUCUCAAAUAUCUUUAACUGCAAACACUAAGUAUUAAGGCACCAGUCAUAGCUCAUAAGUAUAGUUCAUUUUACAAUAGUAUAUUGUGAUACUAGGGCACGAAGUAGGUGAUUCACACUCAUGAACCACCUACGCAUACUAGCAACACAUACGAAUUUUCGAAACAACUGCGU